AGGGUUCCCUCAAGAGGAUCCCCCCUCUCAGAGGUCCAGUAUGACCAGACCCAGUGCCAAGUCCAUAUACAUGCAAAGGAAGGAGUAUUCUGAAACGAUGAACAAACAGCCUGACAGCUUCCAGUACAGGGUGGAGCAUCUGUUUACGUGUGAGUUGGACGGCCAGGAGGUACGCAACCUGGAAGACUGUGUGACYAGGCUGCAGAGGCUGGAGGCCAAGGGCCGUGUCUGGGGACAGGAGGUGAUCCUGGAGGUCCAGGGAGGAUACCUUCAGCUCAACGACAUCGAGACCAAGGUAGCCAACUGUCACCUGUCACCACCCAACACCCUAACCCACUCACCGUAUCAGUACUAUGUCUUUACACAACACCCUAACCCCUUCCACCCCUCACCCCAGACCCAGCACCUCACCCCCAGACCCAGCCUCACCCCCAGACCCAGGGCCUACACCCCCAGACCAGCCUCACCCCAGACCCUAGCCUCCACCCAGACCCUAGCCCUACCCCCAGACCCUAGCCCUCACCCCCAGACCCAAAGGCCUCACCCCCAGACCCUAGCCUCACCCCAGACCCAGCCUCACCCCAGACUCUACCAUUUUAGACCGCUCCUAAUGAGAGAAGAACACAAGAAGAAAAAGAAGAAGAAAAGCGCAAAGCCAAACGCUGACAACUUGCCACAUUGGGAGGAGUUUGUUGCCUGUCUUCAGAAAAUCAAGUAUGGAUUCAACCUGCUGGGAAAGCUGAAUGGAGCGAUCCAGAACCCUAGCGCUGCUGACUUUGUCCACAUUCUCUUCUCCACUCUGGACAUGUUGGUGUGCCACUACCCCCCUGACCUGCCCCCCUCUGUACUGACCCCCCUGCUAACAGAGCCAGCCCUCAUCUUGCUUAGCCAGGUGGUCACCCCAGAGGAGGACCAGAAAUGGAGGGCCCUGGGAGACACCUGGAACAUCCCCAGGUCCAAAUGGCCAGACGGUCACAUGAUCCCGCACUACAACCCAGAGUUCUAUGAUGGUUGGCAGCCGCCACAGUCUGUCCCACCGGCAGCCAAUCAGGGCCUGAGCAGGAGCAACAGCCAGCACAUCCCCAUGAGAAAGGAAAUGAUGCAACAGAUGCCUGAUGAGGGCAGGCAGUUGAGCAGGAGCAACAGCCAAUACAUGCAACGGCCUGAGGAGCCCAUGAUGAACUCUCCGCCAUCUUUACGCCCCAGUGAGCUGGUCCCAGUGAGGAUGCGUGUGAUCUAUGACUUUAUGGCCAGGAACCCCCAGGAGCUGAGCAUUAUGAAGGGAGAGGUUGUCCAGGUCAUAGACAAGUCGGGGCAGUGGUGGAGGGUCCGUAAUGAACGUGGUGAGGAGGGUCACGUUGCUAAGAACGUUCUAGAGCCUCUGGAUGGAGGGGGACCCUGGGAUGAGGGCCAGGAGGUGCGCUCCCCUCCACCCCUCAACAUGCAGUCCAGACCUGCAGAGGUGAAAGCCUGGCUGGAAUACAAGGCCUUCUCCAAAAUAACGGUUCGUAGCCUGAGCGUGCUGAACGGAGCCCUGCUACUGGGGAUGUCCAAAGAUGAGAUGAGGACGGUGUGUCCAGAGGAAGGAGGGAGAGUCUUCUUCCAGCUGCAGGCCAUCAAGUCCUCCAUCGCCCUUGCCAGUGAGUCCAAUGGAUACGGCUCUUAUAACGGUCGUUAGACUGACUCGUCACAAGUAACAACCAAGAGCCGACUGAGGGAGAAGAAUAACUCAACUAUUUAACCUUUCAUUUAUUCAUAUAUUUUUUUGUCCAUUCAUAGACGGGUUGGUUGUUUAGCAACAAAACCGAUGUGUGAGUAACUAUGGGUCAAAACACAGAUUGGUUUUGACUGUUGACAACAUGUAAACUAUAUUAUUUCUCUAAAUGUUUUAUUGAGAACAUAAAUAAAUUUGCACAAUCAGCAACUUUUUUUUGUAAAUCUUUCAACUUCCAAGAUCAUUGCAGACAUCUGAGCGCUGCCCUUUCUUUUGCCCCCAAGAAUAUAGAAAGGUACUGUAGUGUUAUGAAUCAAGUGAGUAGCACAAGGUCCCUAUAGCGUGCUGCAAACCCAGAUCACCUGUAGCGUGCUGCAAACCCAGAACACCUGUAGCGUGCUGCAAACCCAGAUCACCUGUAGCGUGCUGCAAACCCAGAUCACCUGAUCCAAAGACAAACGUCCUGACCCUGAUCCUAAUGAGGAUGUCCGGUGAGUAGAGACUGUAAGGCGCCCAUCAACUAAAGGAUAGAUUCUUUCAGAUCCUCGCAGAGCGGUUGUUUUGGCGAUGUCUGAGGUGGAACUGUGUUAGAGCUGUCAAAUCCAAUCAAAUUAAAAUGUAAUUUGUCACAAGCA